AUGAUAGGCAAAAAGAUUGACCAUGAUGCACCUGAGCCAUGCGGUGGCUUUUUAGAUGCCAGCAAUGCCGGCUACAUCACCACCCCUGGCUACCCGCUGGAGUACCCACCUCACCAGAACUGUCGCUGGGUCGUCACAGCGCCGGAGCCCUCGCAACGCAUCGUCCUCAACUUCAACCCGCACUUUGAGAUAGAGAAACUGGACUGCAGGUAUGACUAUGUAGAGAUCCAUGAUGGGAACUCGGAGACUGCUGACCUACUGGGGAAGCACUGCAGCAACAUCGCCCCUGCACCAAUCAUAUCGUCCGGGCCGUCACUCCUCAUCAAGUUUGUUUCGGACUACGCCCACCAGGGGGCGGGCUUCUCACUGCGCUACGAAAUCUUCAAAACCGGCUCCGACUGUUCCCGUAACUUCACCAGUCCCACGGGUCUUAUUGAGUCCCCGGGCUUCCCAGACAAAUACCCCCACAACCUGGAGUGCUCCUUCAUCAUCAUUGUCCCCCCCAGCAUGGAUGUGACCCUCACCUUCCUCACCUUUGACCUGGAGAACGACCCCCUGCCGGGCGGAGAGGGGGACUGCAAGUACGACUGGCUGGAAGUUUGGGACGGACUCCCAGGAGUGGGCCCUCUGAUUGGUCGAUACUGCGGGAUCAGGGUGCCCCCUGAGAUCCAAUCGUCUACCGGGAUUCUAUCAUUGUCUUUCCACACCGACAUGGCUGUGGCUAAAGAUGGCUUCUCAGCUCGAUACAACAUGACGCACAAGGAAGUCAGUGAGACUUUCCACUGCAGUAAUGCAUUCGGUCUGGAGUCAGGAAAGAUAACGGACGACCAGAUCACAGCCUCGUCCAGUUUCUACGAUGACCGCUGGUUGCCACGACAGGCCCGACUCAAUUACCAUGACAACGGAUGGACGCCCAAUGAAGACAGCAACCGGGAGUACAUACAGGUGGACCUCCAUACUUUGAAGGUGCUCACAGGCAUCGCCACCCAGGGCGCCAUUUCAAAGGAAACUCAAAAGGCGUACCAUGUCACCACCUUCAAGCUGGAGGUCAGCACCAACGGAGAGGACUGGAUGGUCUACAGACAUGGCAAGAAUCAUAAGGUUUUCCAUGCCAACGUUGACCCCACGGAGGUGGUUCUAAACCGGAUCCCGCAGCCCGUCCUGGCCCGCUUCGUCAGAAUCAAACCUCAGACGUGGAAGAACGGCAUCGCGCUGCGGUUCGAGCUGUACGGCUGUCAGAUCACGGAUGCGCCCUGCUCAGAGCUGCAAGGCAUGUUGUCCGGGCUGCUACCAGACUCCCAGAUCUCUGCGUCCUCCAUGAGAGACAUCCACGGCUCCAUGGGGGCAGCCAGGCUGGUGGCCAGUCGGUCAGGCUGGUUUCCAAACCCGACCCAACCCAUAGCUGGGGAAGAGUGGCUACAGACCGACCUCGGUGUGCCCAAGAUGGUGCGGGGCAUUAUUACCCAGGGUGCAAGAGGGCUGGAGGGCAGCACCAGCGCUGAGAACAGAGCGUUUGUCAGGAAGUACAAACUGGCACACAGCUUGACCGGCAAAGACUGGACCUACAUCACUGACAGCAAGACGGGGUUUGCUAAGAUUUUCGAGGGUAACGGCCACUACGAUACUCCUGAGGUGCGGAGGUUCGAUGAGAUAGUGGCCCAGUUCAUCAGAGUCUUUCCGGAGAGGUGGUCCCCUGCUGGGAUCGGCAUGAGGAUGGAGGUCCUCGGCUGCGACCUGCCAGAAACCACCACUGUACCUGACACUGUGACCCCCACACUGCCCAGAGUGGAACAGACCACCGCUGCAAUGAGACCCGCCACCACUCCGUCCCUGUCGGCUGUAUGUGACUUUGAGCAGAGCUUGUGCGGCUGGUCGGCUGACCCCCAGUCAGGUGUGAGCUGGUCUCUGCACACAGCCAGCAGCGGUUCAUCUGGACACGGCUCUCAUGGAACGAGGCAGGACCUGGCUCUGGGAUCAGACAAUUUCUCAGGGAACUACCUCCACCUGGAUGCGGGCGCCCACACCCAGCGCAAGCGAGCCCGGCUGCUGAGCCCCGAGGUGGGUCCGGAGCAGGGCCCGCUCUGCCUCCUCUUCUACUACCAGCUCCAGGGGGAGGCCCAGGGGAGUCUGAGGGUCCUGCUGAGGGACAGCGACCAGGAGGAGACGCUGCUGUGGGCUCUGAAGGGAGACCAGGGGCCCCACUGGAGGGAGGGCCGCACCAUCCUGCCCCAGAGCCCCAAAGAGUAUCAGGUGGCAUUCGAGGGCUUUUUUGAUCACCCGACCAGAGGCCACAUCAGAAUAGAUAACAUCCACAUGAGCAACAGCGUGGAGCUGGAGCAGUGUACACAUCCCAGGCCUAUGGAUUUUGGAAAAGAUCCUGUUUACAACCACAAGCCCCCCAUCAAUGGAGACUAUGUCUUCCCAGGAUGGCCGUCCUCCUUCUCGACCCCCUCCUCCUCUGAUGCGGACCCCUCCUCCGUCACCCUGGUGUCGGAGAAAGACAAGGACAACGCCUGGCUGUACACGCUGGACCCCAUCCUCCUCACCAUCAUCGUGAUGAGCUCUCUCGGCGUGCUGCUGGGCGCCGUUUGUGCGGGACUGCUCCUCUACUGCACGUGCUCCUACAGCGGGCUUUCCUCGCGCUCCUCCACAACACUGGAGAACUACAACUUCGAGUUGUACGACGGGAUUAAGCAUAAAGUGAAGAUAAACCAGCAGAGGUGCUGCUCAGAGGCAUGAAGAGGAGGAGGAGGAGGAGGAGGAGAAUUCUAGAGAAUAUUAUGGGGGGAAAGACACUUCACGUGAUCUCCUGCAGAAGUAAUUUUGUUCUGUUCUCAGUUUGGACAAAGAAAACACGAAAAGGAAGCACUAGCUGUUAUAUCAAUCCCCAGUGUCCCCUACUUAAUAUCCUGCUCUGAUGUCUAAAAGGGGUAACAUUCAUCCCAGAGUUUCCCCCUAUUUGUGUGCCAGUGGGAACUUGUGACAUCGAUCUCCCCCACAUGCUAUGAGGCCUAAACUGGGAGAACACCGGACCCCAGUCCCCCCCUUCCCACAGCACCAUAUCUCCUCCGCCUGUAGGAGAGAGCCUGCUCGAUUCUAAAAGCCUGUGAAUGAAUGAAGGAAUGAAUAAAUGAAUAUGAAUGAUAGAUCUACCAUAGAAUAUAAUCCACCAGCCACUGGAAUGAAGCUAGGAGGAAAGACUACAGCACCCAUGACAAUCUGGACAUUUGGACCACAAAUGACAGCACAGUCUGGGUUGUUUGGGUAAAAAGUUGGUAAUGGAAUUCUUAAUGAAGAAGAGAUUUUCAUUAACUGCGUUGCAGAAGGGCAAUGUCAAUUUGUCCUCAUCGGCUUGAAUUUGAAUGUGGCCAGUAGAGACAGCAUGCUGAAAUAAAAAAGCUCCAGCUUCUGACUGUUGGUGAAGACUUCAGCACCAGUGGACCAUUUAAUGUGGGUACUUUUGACUGAAAUCAACACACAUAUCAAGCGAAUACCUAUCCCCCCUAAAGAAGUUUAAAAGAUAUCAAACCACAAUGCUCCAAUGAAUCUAGAUUUCUAAAGGUGAAGAAGAAAAAGAGGAUGGAAAAAGAACAUUUUCUUUUUUGUUUGUUUUUCUGAAAGUUUUAGAUAUGAGUUCUGGGACUUUCAAAUGUCCAUUAGCCUGCCAUAUGGCGCUCGCUCGCUACUUUGUCUGCCCUUGGUCUGCGCUUUGUGAAACCAGUGGCAUAGAAGAGUAAUGGUGACUGUUUUAGUUAUAUUUUAGACUUGUGUCUGGGAAAAAAAGGUAAAGAAAUGCCAGCUUCAGUUCGUAGCCGCCCUGUAGAGCUCUUACGCCAUUUUUUAGACUUUCUUUAGCAUUGUGUUGGACUCCAUGGUCUUAAUUGUUACUUCUUUUCUAUUUUCACACAUUUUCCACUAUAGAUGAUCAGUCUUUUCAAAGAGUAGAAGGAAGGUAAAGGAAGAUGGAAGACAGAAAACCAGAGAUUUAUACAAAUCUAACAAGCUGUUAUGGAGUCGUGCUUUAGAUUCAGUAUUAUAGGGUUUGUCUUUGGUAUAUAUCUAUAUUUUUUUGCUUUUCAGACUGUAUGAUGCUCAAAUGAUGGACAGACACUGUGUGAACAAAAUGUCAGUGAUUGUUUUAUUGCAACCUAUGGAUUGCCAAAGAGCUGUGUAUGUGCACCGAGGGUCUGAACAAGUGUUAAAAGAGGCAGGGUGGAGAACGGACUGAGAGAUGAAUCAUCCUGCCUUUUAUCCACCGCUCUUAGCGUCAUCCCCCCCUGAAUGAAGCACGCUCAAAAAAAACGGAAGGAGGAGGAGUGACUAAAGGAGGAGAGUGGAAAUACCGUUGACUUUCUUGGACACACAAUCGAGCCUUAAGCUAACUACAGUAUACGCUGUAACGGAGGACAGCCAUCGAGGAGUGCCAGUGCUGCUGGAGACACUGAUGAACAGGAGAAGACACACAUACAGAGAGAGAGAGAGACAGAAAGAAAGAGAGAGCAAGUAAAAAUAGAUAUGGUGUUUAUGGUGUUUAUGUUAACAUGCAGUAGAAUUCACAUCAAUCAUCCCAAAAAAAUCUAACAUUUUGGCGUAAUGCAGCUUUCUCCCAUCAGUUACAUUCAUGUGCCACUAUUUGGCUUCAGCUUAAAUACAUUUUGGUGGAAACUUAAAGGUGCACCAUGGAGUUUCUGACCACUAGUAGCGCUACUGAGCAAUAUUUCCAUUUUGUUUGUAUUUCAUGCAUGCGCAGCGGCAUGCAUUAACAGGGUUUCACACUAUUCCAGUGACUGACAUAUUAUCAGUGGAGGAAAAAGGCUCUGCAAUUGUUUUUCCUGAGGAAGGAAAUUCAUUUAACAGAUUUCCUCAAAGUUACUUACAGUGUAUAUAUAACCUUGUACGUUUGCUAGAAAACUCCACAGGUUACCUUCAAUGGCUCCAAAAUUGUACAAAAAGUAAAAUAUCAACAACAUGGUUACCUUUAACAUAUCUGGAGCUACAAAUGUUUUAUCUACAACAUACACUUUUGACUUCUAAAACAUAUUUUGAGAUUCUAUGGUCGUGAUAAGACAACUCAAAGCAAUUUGGAAAGGUUUCGGUCAAAGUUAAAAAAUGAAAUACAAACUUGAAUCCACUUUUUAAAAAAGGCACUUUGUGCAUCUGGCCGUCCAUUCUGACCUCCACACUGUAACUGUUCCCUUUGCUUUAUGAAAGCUAUACCACUUCCCAUAUUAGAAGUAGAUGUUGGUAAUAAACAUUAAUGAUUAUUGUAAAUUAGCUGCAAAUGAAUGUAAAUCAUGGGAGACUGUUGUAUUGUGGCUGCAUUUUUGAUGGCAUCAUAACACAUGGCAGCAGACAUUGAAUUUAAACUAAUCUAUCUGCAAAUCGAGGAUGUCACUUUUUGGCUUGCAGACUGUUUAGGCUGUGGUCGUGACCAUUUAAUUGACUUGUCAACGUAGUCAAUUGAAGUCUACAAAAGAUGCAUUUGAAAACGUUCAUCUAAACAAUUGGAGAAGGGCUGGUAGGCAGGUGAUUCUCUGCAUGUAAACAUGUCCGGUGAGGUACUCAGCAGACAGAUGGAGAGGACAGACAGCAGGUAAAAUAAACAAACAUCAAAUGAGACUGUCAGCAGGACAGGUGGAGGGUGUAAGAGAGAUGGACACACAACCACAACACAGAAAAGAAGACAACAAAGACACAACGAUACAAAAGACAGAUAGUGAGGGAGAGUCACUGACCUAGACAGAAAAUCUUAGAAAAUGUAAUUGGAGGUCCAGACGUUGUCCUCUCCCUGUCUUCUGUGUAUUUUUCUUUGUCACCCUGCUCGGCCUCAGCAAAUGAAGGUCAAUCACAGAAAGUAAUGUUUGUGUUUGCUGAAUCUAAGUUGCUGUCCUCUGUGGGAUAAAUUGAAAGAGCAAAAGAGAGGAGGUAAAGGGAUGGAAAAAAAGAGUCAAACAUGUCACAUUUGUUGUUGCUCCAUCUCUCUUUUUGCCUUUCUCUCUCAUCUCUCCUUGUUUGAGGGCAUGCAUGGAUACAGCCAGGAGAACCAUUGAGAUGAAAUAAACAAAUAUUAUAGGGGGGGGUUAUAAAAAUGUGUUGAAAGAUGAUCAUAGAAGGAAAGGUAAGGGAAGAAACAAUGGAGAGAGAGAUAGAGGUUUUUUGGGUCCAUCUAACUGUGUUUUCAUUGGACCAUUUUCCAAGUGCCUUGGAGCUCUCUUAUUAUGUCUCUCAUUCUCUCUCUCUUUCUCUCUCUCUCUUUCUCUGUCUCUAUCUCUCUCUCUCACCUUAUCUUUCUCGAAGUCAAGAUAGCAUACCUCUUCUGUCUCGAUGGAUACACACACAUAUGCACACACAGGCAAAGGCACACUACAUUAAGACAUACACACACCUACGGCACUGGCCAGAUAACUCAAACUGUUGUUUGUAGACUUUGUACAGAAGAAUUUCUUUUUUAAUGUUAUUAUUAUUUAAUAAAGGCUAA